CGACAGCUUCAGAGGCAACCUCCUGACCAAACAGACCUCUUUGGCAGAGCGACCCUCCUUCCUCGAGAAUACAAGUCUCGGACACAGCACCGCAACCCUCAACUUGCUUUCUGCCCCUACUCCCCAAUUUCCCGCUCCGUGUGUUGGGAAUGUCGGCCGAAGCGAUCAAGACGCCCCCGGGGCCUGAAUCCCCUACUACUGUCAGGCCACUCGAGAUGGACGACGACGACGUGCAGGAACAAGAGGCGUUGGGAGCUGAGAACGCCACUGCGAAGCCCGAUGCAACAACAGCAACUACAACUACUACUACAACUACAUCUCCCGCGCCGGCAAAUGCGCCCGCCGCUGCGGCCAACGAUGUUCCCCCGCCGAAGCCGCCCCGGCCGCUGACCGAGGAGCAAAGGAACCAGCAGACCCUGAAAGAAGCAUUCCCAUCCGUCGAUAACGCUGUUAUCAAGGCGGUGCUUAGGGCCAGCGGUGGGCGCAUCGAGGCCGCGUUCAACGCACUCCUGGAGAUGACAGACCCGGAAGCUGCCGAGAGAGAUCAGCCGCCUCCGCCGCCCCCGAGACCUGUUGCAGACCCCGUAGGCCCCACCUCGACCGGGCUGUCGCAGCUUGAAGCCGACGAGCUGUACGCGCGUCAGCUCGCCGAGCACUACGACAAUGUCGGCGCGUACGAAGCGAGGACGGCCAACCGGGCUCAUCAGCCCCGUAGCCGGCAGCAACCCGGUCUAGGACCGUACGACGACCCUUCCGACCGCGAACAUAGCUUCCUGGACGACGACUUGCCCUUGAUCAAGGAAAGCCUCCGAAAGGGGUUUCUGGAGACGCAGAGCAAGGUCAACACGUGGUUCAAUAAUUUCAAGAAGAAGCUGGACGAGACGUUCGACGAUGACGACGAUGACGAACACCACGCGCACGGAAGCAGUUCGUUCUUGGGGCGGCCGACCCGGGGGCAGAUGCGGAGAAGCGCCGACUAUGACCGCUACGACGCGGACCCCGAGGUACUGAGCGAUGACUUUGCGGGUAUGAAGUUCCGCAGCGACGGCAGUAAGUCAAACCCAUCUCGUUCGUCUUAUUGGGAGGAGUUGCCCCUAUCUGACACUUGGCGAACAGCGCCCGUUCACCCCCCACGGCCCGCUAGCGGCAGCAACCCAAAUCUCUUCAAACCGCCCCCGCCUUCCAAAUCACCCAAGCCAGGCGAGAGAAAAGUCUCGUUCCGCGACACGGUCGAGGACAUCGAUGCCUACAACACCUCUCCAAGGGUGCCGCCGAAGGACGCCACCGCCACCGCGGGCACUGGCGGCGCGGCCAAGUCGAGCAAGUGGCAGCCGCUGUCCCCCGUCGAUCCUAACCCGAUCGUGGAGAAUGACCCCUUCAGCCUGGGCGACAGCGACGAUGAGCGGGAAUUGAGGGACAAGACGGCGGGGAGCAAGGAGAUCAAGAUGGAGGAUACCGAGCGGCUGAAGCAGGCCACGGCGGAUGCGAUGGCAGAUAGCCUGGUGGAGGAUAACAAGAGCAAGGCAGAGGGCAGUAGUGGCGCUGCAAAAUAGGGUCCGACGGCACGUGCCUGGUAUUCUCGGAUUCGCUUUGUUUUUAUCAAGUCUAGGAGUCUCGUUUGCGUACAGCCCUGCCUGUCAACUCGAGGUCGGGUGAGUAUCUCGUUUGCGGUCACACACGCGUGUCUUAAUCUCGAUAUUUCGACUCUGAUCGGAUAGUUGUCUGUGCCAUAUUUCAACUCUUUCAGACCAACCUUCCCGUUUCGAGCACCGUUGACAGGAAAAGUACCCAAUUCGAGAAUAUAACGAGCGCUUCUCUCUAACUGCGUUGAUGCUCUCUGGCUUUCUUUUGUCUACUGAACUUCACGACGAUGCAUUAAUGACCAGACUCCCAGCUCCGCCGAAGUAAAGAGACACUGGUGCCUGUCAGCGUAUUUUUGGGAACCAUGCUGGCAAGUUGUCAAAGAAUUCGAGAUGGGAACGACGUUACGGAUGUAGCAAGCUUUGCCAAGUCUUUUCGGCGAACGUUACCAAGAAAGUGUCAGUACAAGUUAUGCGGUUCACUUUUCCGUACUGGCAUAUACCACACCU